AUGGAACAGCUGGAUUUCCUUGUGGUGGCAUGUGGCCCUCCUCACACACUGUCUGUCUUCCUCUCCAGAGACCUCAGUAUGAACAACAUCAGUCAGCUGCCCUCGAGUCCCUUGCACAACCUCCGCUUCCUAGAGGAAUUACGCCUCGCUGGCAACGCUUUGACAUACAUUCCCAAGGGAGCAUUCGCUGGCCUUUACAAUCUUAAAGUCCUGAUGCUACAGAAUAAUCAGCUAAGACAGGUACCCACAGAAGCGUUGCAGAAUCUGCAAAGUCUUCAGUCUCUGCGCCUGGAUGCCAACCACAUCAGCUCCGUGCCUGCCAGCUGCUUCAGUGGGCUGCACUCGCUGCGGCACCUGUGGCUGGAUGACAACGCUCUGACCGAAGUCCCGGUGCAGGCUUUCAGAAGCUUAUCGGCGCUGCAAGCCAUGACGUUGGCCUUGAACAAAAUACGCCACAUACCAGAUUAUGCCUUUGGAAACCUUUCCAACUUGGUCGUUCUGCAUCUCCAUAACAAUAGAAUUCACUCCCUGGGAAAGAAAUGCUUUGAUGGGCUCCACAGCCUAGAGACUUUAGAUUUAAAUUACAAUAACCUCGAUGAAUUUCCCAUUGCGAUCAGGACACUCUCGAACCUUAAGGAACUAGGAUUUCAUAGCAACAAUAUCAGGUCAAUACCUGAGAAAGCAUUUGUAGGCAACCCUUCUCUUAUUACAAUACAUUUUUAUGAGAACCCCAUCCAAUUUGUUGGAAGAUCUGCUUUUCAGCAUUUACCUGAACUAAGAACACUGACUUUGAAUGGUGCUUCACAAAUCACUGAAUUUCCUGACCUAACUGGAACUGCCAACUUGGAGAGUCUGACUUUAACUGGAGCACAAAUCUCAUCUCUUCCUCAAACCGUCUGUGAUCAGUUACCCAACCUGCAAGUGCUGGAUCUGUCUUACAACCUAGUAGAAAAUUUGCCCAGUUUUUCAGCUUGCCAGAAGCUUCAGAAAAUUGACCUCAGACAUAAUGAAAUCUAUGAAGUUAAAGUGGACACCUUCCAGCAGUUGCUUAGCCUCCGAUCUCUGAAUUUAGCUUGGAAUAAAAUUGCCAUUAUUCACCCCAACGCAUUUGCUACUUUGCCAUCUCUAGUAAAGCUGGACCUAUCAUCCAACCUUCUGUCAUCUUUUCCUGUAACUGGGUUACAUGGUUUAACUCACUUAAAAUUAACAGGAAAUCAUGCCUUACAGAGCUUGAUAUCAUCUGAAAACUUUCCAGAACUCAAGGUUAUAGAAAUGCCUUAUGCCUACCAGUGCUGUGCAUUUGGAAUAUGUGACAACAUCUACAAAAUGUCCAACCAGUGGAAUAAAGGUGACAACGGCAGUGUGGACUACUUCCAUAAGAAAGAUCCUGGAAUAUUUCAGGUUCAAGAUGAGCGUGAUCUCGAAGAUUUCCUGCUCGACUUUGAGGAAGACCUGAAAGCCCUUCACUCGGUGCAGUGUUCACCUUCCCCAGGCCCCUUCAAGCCCUGUGACCAUCUGUUCGGUAGCUGGCUGAUCCGAAUCGGAGUGUGGACCAUAGCAGUUCUGGCACUUUCUUGUAACGCCGUGGUGACCUCGACGGUGUUCAGAUCCUCUCUGUAUAUUUCCUCCAUAAAACUGUUAAUUGGAGUCAUUGCGGUGGCGAACAUGCUUGUGGGCGUCUCCAGCAUGGUACUGGCCGGCGUGGAUGUUGUCACCUUUGGCAGCUUCGCGCAACAUGGUGCAUGGUGGGAGAACGGCAUCGGCUGCCAAGUAAUAGGCUUCGUGUCCAUCUUUGCUUCAGAGUCAUCUGUUUUCCUGCUUACUCUGGCAGCACUGGAGCGUGGGUUCUCUGUAAAGUGUUCCACAAAAUUUGAAAUGAAAACUCCUUUCUCUACCCUGAAAGCGAUCAUUCUGCUCUGUGUUCUGCUGGCUCUGACCAUUGCCCUGGUUCCCGUGCUGGGUGGCAGUGAAUACAGCGCCUCCCCACUCUGCCUGCCCCUGCCCUUCGGGGAGCCGAGCACCACCGGCUACACGGUAGCUCUGGUCCUGCUCAACUCUCUCUGCUUCCUCAUCAUGACCAUUGUCUACACCAAGCUCUACUGCAACUUGGAGAAGGGCGACCUGGAGAACAUUUGGGACUGCUCCAUGGUGAAGCACAUUGCCCUGCUGCUGUUUACCAACUGUAUUCUCUACUGCCCUGUCGCUUUCUUGUCCUUCUCUUCUCUGCUGAAUCUCACAUUCAUCAGCCCUGACAUAAUUAAGUUUAUCCUGCUAGUGAUCGUCCCACUUCCCUCGUGUCUCAAUCCUCUUCUCUACAUCCUCUUCAAUCCCCAUUUUAAGGAGGACCUGGGGAGUAUGGGGAAGCAAACCCACUUUUGGAUGAGAUCCAAACACCCAAGCCUGAUGUCUAUUGAUUCUGACGAUGUUGAAAAACAGUCUUGUGACUCAACCCAAGCCUUGGUGACCUUUCCAAGUGCUAGCAUAACCUAUGACCUGUCUUCUAAUUCCGGGACACCACCAGCUUAUCCCAUGACCGAAAGCUGUCAUCUUUCCUCUGUGGCAUUUGUCCCGUGUCUCUAAAUGAUAGGGGAGGGCAAAAGUUUUCAAAAAUUAGAAACCUGAAAAUGUGAGACUGAGAACAUCAGCGCAGUAGCUAAGAUGAUCAAGUUGAAACUUGGUUUACCAGCCAAAAGUCCUCUCUCAAUGUGAAAAGGCUGAAACCUAGUGAUACUUGAGAGUGAAUUAUAAGUCUAAAUGCUGCUUGUAUAAUUCGUUCAGCUAACAUGAAUAGAUCAGUCAUAUGGUGUAUAUCACCCCAGAUCCAAAAAGCAUACUGCAAUGUUCUUCAAAAAAAAAGAUGCUCCAUGACUAAUUCCAUUCUCCCCAAGCUCACCAGUGUAAUCGUGUAGGGUGGGGGAACUCACUUCCAAAAUGGGUUUAUUUAAACCUCCAAAUUCCUUAAAAUGUGGUUAGUCAUUAAGAAAGUAUAGGUUUUAAAGGGUCUACAUUACUAAGUGAAGGUUGUAACCCAGGAGAUUUCAUUUUAAUGACCACAUGGAGAUGUUUUCAUCUUCUGCUGCCUUGCCCUGAAAAGAAUUCAAGUCACCAUAUUGUUAAUGAGUAAAGAAUGUAAGGCACUAGUAACCCAUUCAGAUGCAUAUCAUUUUUAGAGAUACUGGGUUUUAUGAAUCAGCACUCAAUGGUUCCACAUGCACCACCCACC